AUGAAAGCUCAGGUUAUUCAAACCAUAUAUCCUGUUGGUUCUAUUUAUACGUCAAUGAAUUCAACAAAUCCAGAAACAGUUUUAGGUUUUGGUACGUGGCAGCAGAUUGUAGACAAAUUCUUAUACUGUGCUAACUCUUCAAAGCAAACAGGUGGUUCGAAGAAAAUUAAAGAAGCAAACCUUCCACCGCACACUCAUACAGGAACGACAAACACAACAGGAAAUCAUUCACAUUCAAUAACAAAAAGAGGUUAUAUAAAUCUUGCAGCGGGUUCGGAUAGAUGGGGAAUGAAUAGAUAUGAUAUCACAACUGACCCAGUAGAUUCAAGCACAGGUAUUUUCUGUGGAACCGCAGGAAAUCAUUCACAUACAUUUACAACAAAUCCAACAGGCUCGGGUGAAGAUUAUAUGCCACCUUAUAUGACAGUUUAUGCAUGGUACCGCGUUCAAUGA